GCGUCUGAAGAUGGAGACCAGUGAGUCUACCGAGCGAUCGCAGUCGCGAUCUCUAGACGUACAGCCCAGCUCCGAAGGACUAGGGUCCAUUUCGGAUCCCUUUCCUUGGGAUGGCCGUCAUAGGUCGGCCCUGGUAGCUGCAACUGCAGCAGCUUCAGCAGCUGCUGCAGCCACUGCAGCUGCCUCCACUGCCAAAGCAGCUGCCUCCACUGCCAAAGCAGCUGCAUUAUCUACAAAGACCCCAGCGCCCUACUCUCAACGGAGCCUUCUCCCUGAGCCCUUCUCUGACAGUCUUCUUGGGGAGCGCUGCACUGGACCCAGAUUUACCCACAAGACAGGCCACGGGAGACUUGGCUUUGAGCCUAUCUAUGUUUCCCGUAUUGCUCGGAAUCCCUAUACUACAAAUGACCUUAGCUCUAGCCCUGGCCCUGCUCCUGGCUCCAGCCCUGGCCCUGCUCCUGGCUCCAGCUCUGACCCUGCUCCUGGCUCCAGCUCCGGCCCUGCUCCUGGCUUCAGCUCUAACCCUGGUCCUGGCUCCAGUUCUGGUCCUGGCGGUGGCUCUGGCCCUGGCAGUGGCUCUGGUCAAGGCCCUGGCAGUGGCUCUGGUCGAGGUCCUGGCAGUGGCUCUGGUCGAGGCACUGGUCCUGCUGCUGAUUCUAGGCAUAGUCUAGGCUGUGGCCAUUGCCCUGGGUUCAGCUCCUCUGCUCCUCCAGGCUUCAGAAAUCCCGGGGACGAUCUGGUCCCUAAUUAUGCCUCCUGGAGUCACCACAGCCACUGGGAGCCUCAGAAACAACACUGGAAAUUUUUGCAAGUCUCAGAACCUGGUGCCCGAGGCCCAUGGAAGCCCCCUGAAGUUGAAGGGAUGAGUAAGGUUCUCCAUGAAACACGGCCACGGGGCCAGUGCCUUUUCUACAACUGGGAGGAGGAGAGAGCCACCAACCACCUGGAUCAAGUCCCAAGCAUUCAGGACGGCUCUGAGAGUUUCUUUUUCCGACACGGACACCGGGGGCUGUUGACCCUGCAGCCACAGUCACCCAUGUCCUCCAGCACCACCCAGAAAGACUCAUACCAGCCCCCAGGAAACCACUCUCUGCCAAUUCGAGGGAAGCGUGAAGCCAUGCUGGAGAUGCUCUUGCACCACCAGAUCUGUAAAGAGGUGCAGGCAGAGCAGGAACCCACAAGGAAGGACUCUGAGGUGGAGUCUGUGACACAUCGUGACUACAGAAAGGAGCUGGUGCAAGCAGGGCCUCCUGCCCCAACAAAGCCUCAUGACUACUGCAAAGAACAGCCUGAAACCUUCUGGCUGCAGAGGGCACCACAGCUACCGGGUGUCAGUAACAUCAGGACACUGGACACGCCAUUCCGGAAGAACUGCAGCUUCUCAACACCAGUGCCUUUGUCUCUAGGGCAGCCUUUGCCCUAUGAACCCGAGAAUUAUUCCCACCAAUUGGGAGAAAUAUCUUCCCUUGCCUGUCAGGGAGGAGGACAGUGUGGUGGAGGGGAUAGAACUACUCCUGUCUAAAGAUCGAGGAAGGAAGUAGAUGUGGAAUAUGCAAUCUCCUUCUGUCUGUACUGGAGAGAUGGGGAGGAAGUGAAUUCAGUCUGUACUUGUGAAGGGGCUUUACAUAAAAAGGGUUCUCUCUCAUCCUGAGACUGC